UUUCCUGAAAGCUAGCUGUCCAUUGCCGCAGUGUGGUUCUGUUUCUCUGUAAGGUCUUAGUUUCAGUUAUAACAAAGCCUGGACUCACCCUACUUUGUCUCCUUUCUCUUUUGAUGACCAGCCAAGCUACCGGUAUGGAUGAAGCGGCCAUCUGCUACACUUUGGAUGCCAUUCUGUUCAUCUAUGGACUUGUCCUAACUAUCCUUUACUGCAGAAUGAAGAUACUGCAGGAACUUGCAAAAAAACAGGCUUCUGCAAAGAAAGAAGCAUCAGAGAGAGUCUAUGAAGGACUUUCACAUCGUACUCAAGACACAUACGAGUCCAUCAGCUUGAAGAAGACCUAAGUAUAAGAUGGACAUCACAAAGAAAAAGAAUCUCAAUGCUUGAUUUUCCUUUUCUUGGCAUUAUUUAAUUGUCUUAUUCCUACUGACUGAUGUAAAAACUAAAGCUAGAAACAGACUUCUAUCUAAUUUUACUGAAAAGCUUACUACACUCUAAAAAAUAAAGGUGCUUCAGUGGUUCUUCAAAUCUCUGGAUGGUUCCAUGGAGAGUCAAAACUCUGUGAUGAACCAUUACAUUAUAUGAAAGGUUCUUCACAUUGGAAAUGGUUCUUCAGAUCCUGGCAUUCUCUUACCAUUUGCUGGUCAAUGCACAUAGGCUAUGUUUACACAAAUCUGUCUUCACUGCUCAAACAAAUGGUUUAAAUGGUUCUUUAAAGAACUGUUGCACGAACGGUUCUUUGAAGCCCUGAAAAAGGUUCUUCUAUGGCAUCGCCCUGAAGAACCGGUACUGGCCCCAUUAUUUUUUAGAGUGUAAUCAUUAUUAUUGUAAUUAUUGUAAAUUCUUUAACGUCUUCAUAUAUUUUGGAAAGUAUAUACUGUAUGUAUUUCAAGCAAAGUAAACAACUUUACAAGGAAAGUAAUGUUAGAAAAUUCGCAUAAUAGAAAGUUAUAUUAAAAGCUACUGGAAUAUUUGAGAAAUUAACAUUUUUGUUCUAUGAACAAAAUGUAAUUUAUGCUGAAUAAUUGUAUAUUUAUGCACUUAAUGUCUCACUUCUCUCCUUUUUAUUUUCUAUGCAUUUCAAUGUUUGUGCUCUAACUUUGUAUAAUUGCUAAAUUCCUAAAAAAAACAUUUGGCUACUCAUGACAUUUUCUCUUCUGCAAAAGUCUCUGGCUGCUAUAGCAACCACUGUUCCUCCAACCACAAUGCUCAAUUCACUUCCUGUUUCCUGAUCAUGUUGGUUGUCUAACAGAAAUGGAGUACAGUUACAAUAGAACUACAGUAAUGUUUAAUUAACUACAGUAAUUGUUUUUUUCUAAUUAACUACAAUAAUUGUUUUUUUCUGUACUCUUGAAAAGGAGUGAAUUUUAAUGCAGUUUUGACAUCAAGCACCAGAGAGCAGCAUUUAUGUACAUUUGUCACUGUGGCCAUGUUUCAACCAGUCAGUGCGUUUACAUGCACAUCCAAAUCGAGCUACUGUCGGUAAUCGAGCUAAGGGUCCCAGGAGGGGUGCCAGAGAAAUCCAAUCCUACAUGCACACAAGUUAAUCGAGCUAUUGUGUGAGGUACAUUGUGCACCCGAGCCACAGGUGGCGCUACACGCCCCAUCGUGUUGGUACACUUCCGAUUGUCGUCAUGAAGAAGAGCUAUUCAAGAGUAUAAACAAAGUUAUCAGCAGUGUUGCCAGAUACUGCUGACGUUUUCCAGCCCAAAACAUGUUCAAAUCCUCCAAAAUGCACUUAAAACCGCCCAAUCUGGCAACACUGGCAGUUCCGUGUUCACUAGUUCCGUGCUCAAGCUGUUAGGCUUGCUCUAACAGACUGUAUGGCUACAAACUGUCCUGCGCAGACCACUGUUUUGUAAGACAACUUAUUUUGCACAAUUGUAUAUUUUUCUAAAGUCCAUUUUUUGCUUACAAAAAAUAUUUUUCUAAAGUCCAUUUUUUGCUUACAAUUUAACUUAUGUCUUAAUAAACACACAAAAAGUUAAA